CGGAGCGCCAUGGCGGUUGCCGAGCGCCGCGCCUUCGCGCACAAGAUCAACAGGACGGUGGCUGCCGAGGUGCGGAAGCAGGUGUCCCGGGAACGCAGUGGCUCCCCCCACUCCAGCAGGCGCUGCAGCAGCUCCCUGGGGGUCCCGCUGACUGAAGUCAUUGAGCCCCUGGACUUUGAGGAUGUGCUCCUGAGCCGGCCGCCAGAUGCAGAGCCUGGGCCACUCCGGGACCUGGUCGAGUUUCCAGCUGAUGACCUGGAGCUGCUGCUGCAGCCCCGGGAAUGCCGCACCACGGAGCCUGGGAUCCCCGAGGAUGGAAAGCUGGAUGCCCAGGUGAGGGCUGCCGUGGAGAUGUACACGGAGGACUGGAUCAUCGCCCACAGGAGGUACCAGCACCUGAGUGCAGCGUACAGCCCCAUCACCCUAGAGACGCAGCGAGAGAGGCAGAAGGGCCUCAGCCGCCAGGUCUUCGAGCAGGACGCUUCUGGGGAUGAGAGGUCCAGUCCGGACGACUCGGAUGACCCCCGGCGCUCCUCAGGCUCCCCAGACGACACCCCACGAAGCAGUGGCGCCUCUGGCAUCUUCGACCUGAGGAACUUGGCAGCUGACUCAUUGCUGCCCUCACUGCUGGAGCGCGCGGCCCCGGAGGACGUGGACCGGCGCAAUGAGGCCCUGCGGCGGCAGCACCGGUCCCGUGCCCUGCUCACCCUCUACCCGGCGCCCGAUGAGGAUGAGGCCGUGGAACGCUGCAGCCGCCCGGAGCCACCCCGAGAGCACUUCGGACAGAGGAUCCUGGUCAAGUGUCUGUCGCUUAAGUUCGAGAUAGAAAUCGAGCCCAUCUUUGGCAUCUUGGCCCUGUACGACGUGCGGGAGAAGAGGAAGAUCUCGGAGAACUUCUACUUUGACCUGAACCCAGACUCCAUGAAGGGGCUCCUGCGGGCCCAUGGCACCCAUCCUGCCAUCUCCACCCUGGCCCGCUCUGCCAUCUUCUCCGUGACCUAUCCCUCGCCCGACAUCUUCUUGGUCAUCAAGCUGGAGAAGGUGCUGCAGCAGGGGGACAUCAGCGAGUGCUGCGAGCCCUACAUGGUGAUGAAGGAGGUGGACACAGCCAAGAACAGAGAGAAGCUAGAGAAGCUGCGCCUGGCGGCUGAGCAGUUCUGCACCCGUCUGGGCCGCUACCGCAUGCCCUUCGCCUGGACGGCGGUGCACCUGGCCAACAUUGUGAGCAGCGCGGGCCAGUCCGACCGGGACUCGGACUCGGAGGGCGAGCGCCGACCCACUUGGGCUGACCGCCGCCGUCGGGGGCCCCAGGACCGGACGAGUAGCGGGGACGACGCCUGCAGCUUCUCCGGCUUCCGCCCAGCCACGCUAACUGUCACCAACUUCUUUAAGCAGGAAGCUGAGCGGCUCAGUGACGAGGACCUCUUCAAGUUCCUGGCUGACAUGCGGCGCCCGACAUCCCUGCUGCGGCGCCUGCGGCCUGUGACCGCCCAGCUCAAGAUUGACAUCUCCCCAGCCCCUGAGAACCCCCACUUCUGCCUCUCCCCGGAGCUGCUUCAUGUCAAGCCCUACCCAGACCCCAGGGGUCGGCCCACCAAGGAGAUCCUGGAGUUCCCCGCCCGUGAGGUCUACGCCCCCCACACCAGCUACAGGAACCUGCUGUAUGUGUACCCACACAGCCUCAAUUUCAGCAGCCGCCAGGGCUCCGUGCGCAACCUCACUGUGCGAGUGCAGUACAUGGCGGGCGAGGACCCCAGCCAGGCCCUGCCGGUCAUCUUUGGCAAGUCCAGCUGCAGUGAAUUCACCCGCGAGGCCUUCACACCGGUGGUCUACCAUAACAAGUCCCCUGAAUUCUACGAGGAGUUUAAGCUGCGUCUUCCGGCCUGUGUGACCGAGAACCACCACCUGCUCUUCACCUUCUACCACGUCAGCUGCCAGCCCCGGCCAGGCACGGCCCUGGAGACCCCUGUGGGCUUUACUUGGAUCCCACUGCUGCAGCACGGCCGCCUGAGGACCGGCCCCUUCUGCCUCCCUGUGUCCGUGGAUCAGCCCCCGCCCAGCUACUCCGUGCUCACACCGGACGUGGCGCUGCCGGGCAUGCGCUGGGUGGAUGGCCACAAGGGUGUGUUCAGCGUGGAACUCACGGCUGUGUCCUCUGUGCACCCCCAGGACCCCUACCUGGACAAAUUCUUCACCCUGGUGCACGUCCUGGAGGAAGGGGCCUUUCCAUUCCGGCUCAAGGAUGCCGUGCUGAGUGAGAGCACCGUGGAACAGGAGCUGCGGGCCAGCCUGGUGGCCCUGCGACUCGCCAGCCCUGAACCCCUUGUCGCCUUCUCCCACCACGUACUGGACAAGCUCGUACGCCUGGUCGUGCGGCCCCCGAUCAUCGGCGGCCAGAUCGUAAACCUGGGUCGUGUAGCCUUUGAAGCAAUGGCUCAUGUAGUCAGCCUCGUCCACCGGAGCCUGGAGGCUGCCCAGGACGCCCGUGGUCACUGCCCACUGCUGGCUGCCUAUGUCUUCUAUGCCUUCCGACUGCCUGGCACGGAGCCCAGCCUCCCAGGCGGGGCCCUUCCAGUGACGCUGCAGCCUGCCACGCUGGCCCAUGGCCCUGGCCGCCCCGCGAGCCUCUACCUGGCUCGCUCUAAGAGUAUUAGCAGCAGCAACCCUGACCUGGCUGUGGCCCCUGGCUCCGUGGAUGACGAGGUCUCCCGCAUCCUGGCCAGCAAGCUGCUUCACGAGGAGCUGGCCCUGCAGUGGGUGGUCAGCGGCAGUGCCGUGCGCGAGGCUGUCCUGCAGCAUGCCUGGUUCUUCUUCCAGCUCAUGGUGAAAAGCAUGGCGCUGCACCUGCUUCUGGGCCAGAAGCUGGACACACCCCGCAAGCUUCGCUUCCCUGGGCGCUUCCUGGAUGACAUUGCUGCCCUGGUAGGCUCUGUGGGCCUGGAGGUCAUCACCCGCGUCCACAAGGACGUGGAGCUGGCCGAGCACCUCAACGCCAGCCUGGCCGUCUUCCUCAGUGAUCUGCUGUCCCUGGUGGACCGCGGCUUUGUCUUCAGCCUGGUCCGGGCUCACUACAAGCAGGUGGCCACACGGCUGCAGUCGGCUCCCAACCCAGCGGUGCUGCUGACCCUGCGCAUGGACUUCACCCGCAUCCUAUGCAGCCACGAGCACUACGUGACCCUCAACCUCCCCUGCUGCCCCCUGUCGCCCCCGGCCUCGCCCUCGCCCUCUGUAUCUUCCACCACCUCGCAGAGCUCCACCUUUUCCAGCCAGGCCCCAGACCCCAAGGUGAUCAGCAUGUUCGAGCUGAGUGGGUCGUUCCGGCAGCAGCACUUCCUGGCUGGGCUCCUGCUGACGGAACUGGCCCUGGCCCUGGAACCUGAGGCCGAGGGGGCGUCCCUGCUGCACAAGAAGGCCAUCAGUGCUGUCCACAGCCUGCUCUGUGGCCAUGAUGCUGACCCCCGCUACGCCGAGGCCACUGUGAAGGCCCGGGUGGCCGAGCUAUACCUGCCACUGCUGUCACUGGCGCGGGACACACUGCCACGGCUGCAUGACUUUGCUGAGGGUCCAGGUCAGCGGUCAAGAUUGGCCUCUAUGCUCGACUCAGACACAGAAGGGGAAGGGGACAUGGGAGGCACCAUCAACCCCUCAGUGGCCAUGGCCAUCGCUGGUGGCCCCCUGGCCCCUGGCUCCCGGGCCAGCAUCUCCCAGGGCCCAGCGACAGCUGCUCGCUCAGGCUGUGCCCUCUCUGCCGAGUCUAGCCGGACCUUGCUGGUGUGUGUGCUAUGGGUCUUGAAGAAUGCUGAGCCAGCCCUGCUGCAGCGCUGGGCUGCGGACCUGGCCCUCCCUCAGCUGGGUCGUCUCUUGGACUUGCUGUACCUCUGUCUGGCUGCCUUUGAAUACAAGGGGAAAAAAGCCUUUGAGCGUAUCAACAGUCUCACGUUCAAGAAAUCACUGGACAUGAAGGCCCGGCUGGAGGAAGCUAUCUUGGGCACCAUCGGAGCCCGACAGGAGAUGGUGCGACGGAGCCGUGAGAGGAGCCCAUUUGGGAACCAGGAGAAUGGAAAUGUACGCUGGCGAAAGAGCGUCACACACUGGAGACAAACCUCGGACCGUGUGGACAAGACCAAGGAUGAAAUGGAACACGAGGCCUUGGUGGACGGGAACCUGGCAACCGAGGCAAGCCUGGUGGUUCUGGAUACACUGGAGAUCAUCGUGCAGACGGUGAUGCUGUCAGAGGCCCGGGAGAGUAUCUUGGGCGCGGUACUAAAGGUUGUGUUGUACAGUCUGGGCAGUGCCCAGAGUGCCCUCUUCUUGCAGCAUGGCCUGGCCACACAGCGGGCCCUGGUAUCCAAGUUCCCAGAGCUGCUGUUUGAGGAGGACACAGAGCUGUGUGCCGACCUCUGCUUGAGGCUCCUGCGACACUGCGGCAGCCGCAUCAGCGCCAUCCGUACGCACGCCAGCGCCUCCCUCUACCUCCUCAUGCGCCAGAAUUUCGAGAUCGGCAACAACUUUGCCCGCGUGAAGAUGCAAGUGACUAUGUCGCUUUCGUCCCUGGUGGGGACAACGCAGAACUUCAGCGAAGAGCACCUGCGACGUUCACUCAAGACCAUCCUCACCUAUGCCGAGGAGGAUAUGGGGCUGCGGGACAGCACCUUUGCUGAGCAGGUCCAGGACCUGAUGUUCAACUUGCACAUGAUCCUGACUGACACGGUGAAGAUGAAGGAGCAUCAGGAGGACCCGGAAAUGCUCAUUGACCUCAUGUACAGGAUUGCCCGGGGUUACCAGGGCUCCCCAGACCUGCGGCUGACAUGGCUGCAGAACAUGGCGGGGAAGCACGCGGAGCUGGGCAACCACGCGGAGGCUGCGCAGUGCAUGGUUCACGCGGCCGCCCUGGUGGCCGAGUACCUCGCUCUGCUGGAGGACAGCCGCCACCUGCCUGUGGGCUGUGUUUCCUUCCAGAACAUCUCGUCCAACGUGCUGGAGGAGUCCGCCAUCUCUGACGACAUCCUGUCGCCUGAUGAGGAGGGCUUCUGUUCCGGGAAGCACUUCACGGAGCUGGGGCUGGUGGGGCUGCUGGAGCAGGCAGCCGCCCACUUCACCAUGGGUGGGCUGUACGAGGCAGUGAAUGAGGUCUACAAGACCCUCAUACCCAUCCUGGAAGCCCACCGCGACUACAAGAAGCUGGCUGCCGUGCACGGCAAACUUCAGGAGGCCUUCACCAAGAUCAUGCACCAGAGCUCCGGCUGGGAGCGUGUGUUCGGGACAUAUUUCCGCGUGGGCUUCUACGGCGCCCGCUUCGGUGACCUAGAUGAACAGGAGUUCGUGUACAAGGAGCCAUCCAUCACGAAGCUGGCCGAGAUCUCACACCGGCUGGAGGAGUUCUACACGGAGAGAUUUGGGGAGGACGUGGUCCAGAUCAUCAAAGAUUCUAACCCUGUGGACAAGACCAAGCUGGACCCCCAGAAGGCCUACAUCCAGAUCACGUACGUGGAGCCGCACUUCGACACCUAUGAGCUCAAGGACCGGGUGACCUACUUCGACCGCAACUACGGGCUGCGAACCUUCCUGUUCUGCACGCCCUUCACGCCGGACGGGCGUGCACACGGAGAACUGCCCGAGCAGCACAAGCGCAAGACGCUGCUCAGCACGGACCACGCCUUCCCCUACAUCAAGACACGAAUCCGCGUGUGCCACCGGGAGGAGACAGUGCUGACGCCAGUAGAGGUGGCCAUUGAGGACAUGCAGAAGAAGACUCGGGAGCUGGCCUUCGCCACCGAGCAGGACCCGCCUGAUGCCAAAAUGCUGCAGAUGGUGCUGCAGGGCUCCGUGGGGCCCACUGUAAACCAGGGUCCACUGGAGGUGGCCCAGGUGUUUCUGGCCGAGAUCCCGCAAGACCCUAAGCUCUUCAGGCAUCACAACAAGCUGCGGCUCUGUUUCAAGGACUUCUGCAAGAAGUGUGAGGAUGCGCUGCGGAAGAACAAAGCCCUGAUUGGGCCGGACCAGAAGGAGUACCACCGUGAGCUGGAACGCAACUACUCCCGCCUGCGGGAGGCUCUGCAGCCUCUGCUCACCCAGCGCCUGCCUCAGCUGCUGGCGCCGAACACAGCAGGCCUCAGGAACUCCUUGAACAGAGCAAGUUUCCGGAAGGCUGACCUCUGA